AUGACAGAUAUACAUAGAAGACUCUGCGAUAUGAAUGACGUACUGUACUUGAAGCACUCUGAAAUAGGAGGUAUCUCGGCCGGGUCUGCUGCUGGGACGUAUCUUCUUGUCAGCAUAGGUGUGCAGGUAGCUCAGAUUGAGUACGUUCUGCGCACUCUUCUUCUGUUUCUUCUCUCUUUUCUUCUUCCUUCCUAUUCUUCUCUUCUUCUUUUUUCUCUCCUUGACUCUUUGUCUCUCUCCUCUCUUCUAUUCCCUUCUUCUCUGUCCUCUCUCUUCUUCUUCUCUGCUCUAUCUACACGUAUUGUGCGAGCUCCAUCUCGGUCUUCUCCUUCUCUCUUCUUCUCUCUUCUUCUCUCUUCCUUCUUGUCUUCUUCUAUCUUAUCUUCUCUUUCUUUCUCUUCUUCUCUUUUCUCUGUCUUGGCAUAUCUCUUGGAUGUAUGGUCUUUCGUACUUGAGCCUGUGAGUGUUGAUGUUAGCAAAGGACGCUCUAUGGCGAGUUGUCCCUCUUCUCUUUCUUCUCUCUAUCUUCUUUCUUCUUCUAUCUAUUUCUCUCGCUGUCUCUCUUCUUCUUCUUUUCUUGCUUCUCUGGGCUCUAUCUUAGUGGGAGAGGCACUCACCAUCUGCGUCCUUUCUGCUUCUUCUGUGCUACGUGUUUCUUCUCUGAACUCGUAUCUUCUCUUCUUCCUCUUCUUCUACUUUCAUUUCUCUUUCUUCUUCUCUUUUCUUCUUCGUCUGUUUCUUCUCUCCUUCUCUUCCUGA